ACCCCAUGAAGCGAUGGCAGCGGCCAACUUCGGCAAGAUCCAGAUCGGGAUCUACGUGGAGAUCAAACGCAGCGAUGGCCGAAUUCAUCAAGCUAUGGUAACAUCCCUGAAUGAAGAUAAUGAAAGCGUAACUGUUGAGUGGAUUGAAAAUGGGGAUACUAAGGGCAAAGAGAUUGACUUGGAAAGCAUAUUUUCACUUAAUCCAGAUCUUGCACCUGAUGAAGAUAUUGAACCUAGCACUGAGACACAGCCGCUACCUGCUCCAUCAGCCAAAGUAAACAAAAUAGUUAAGGGUCGACGGACUGUGGCACCUGUUAAGAAUGACGCCCCUGCCAGAGAUAAUAGAGUGGCUGGUUCUGCACGUGCACGGCCCACUCAGCUUCCUGAACAGUCAUCUUCCUCACAACAGAAUGGUACUGUUUCAGAUAUAUCUCCAGUUCAAGCUGCAAAAAAGGAAUUUGGACCCCCUUCACGUAGAAAAUCUAAUUGUGUAAAAGAGGUUGAAAAAUUGCAAGAGAAACGUGAAAAAAGAAGGUUACAGCAGCAAGAACUGAGAGAAAAAAGAGCUCAGGAUGUUGAUGCUACAAACCCCAACUAUGAAAUUAUGUGUAUGAUAAGAGAUUUCAGGGGAAAUUUGGAUUAUAGACCACUGACAACUGCUGAUCCUAUUGAUGAGCACAGGAUAUGUGUUUGUGUGCGAAAACGACCACUCAACAGAAAAGAAACUUUAAUGAAAGACCUUGAUGUAAUAACAAUUCCUAGCAAAGAUGUUGUGAUGGUACAUGAGCCAAAACAAAAGGUGGAUUUAACAAGGUACCUAGAAAACCAAACUUUUCGUUUUGAUUAUGCCUUUGAUGAAACGGCUCCGAAUGAAAUGGUUUACAGGUUUACAGCUCGACCAUUAGUAGAGACCAUAUUUGAAAGGGGAAUGGCCACUUGUUUUGCGUAUGGGCAAACAGGCAGUGGAAAAACCCAUACUAUGGGUGGUGACUUUUCAGGAAAGAACCAAGAUUGUUCAAAAGGAAUAUAUGCACUUGCAGCUCGAGAUGUCUUUUUAAUGCUAAAGAAACCAAACUAUAAGAAGCUAGAACUUCAAGUAUAUGCAACGUUUUUUGAGAUCUACAGUGGUAAGGUUUUUGACUUGUUGAACAGGAAGACAAAAUUAAGAGUGUUAGAAGAUGGUAAACAGCAAGUCCAGGUGGUGGGAUUACAGGAACGAGAAGUCAAAUGUGUUGAAGAUGUUCUUAAGCUUAUUGAAAUAGGCAACAGCUGCAGGACAUCUGGUCAGACAUCUGCAAAUGCACACUCAUCUCGAAGCCAUGCAGUGUUUCAGAUUAUUCUCCGAAGGAAAGGAAAAUUGCAUGGUAAAUUUUCUUUGAUAGAUUUGGCUGGAAAUGAAAGAGGAGCUGAUACUUCCAGUGCAGACAGACAGACGCGGCUGGAAGGAGCUGAAAUUAACAAGAGCCUUUUAGCACUCAAGGAGUGCAUUAGAGCCUUAGGCCGAAAUAAACCUCAUACGCCAUUCAGAGCAAGUAAACUUACUCAGGUGCUAAGAGAUUCAUUCAUUGGAGAAAACUCCCGUACCUGUAUGAUUGCGACAAUUUCUCCGGGGAUGGCAUCAUGUGAAAACACUCUUAAUACUUUGAGAUACGCAAAUAGAGUAAAGGAAUUUGGAAUUAGUCCUUCGGACAUUCCCUUCUCACAGGGUAGUGGCAGUCGCUCUGAUCUCUCUCCUUCCUAUGAGUAUGACGACUUUUCUCCUUCAAUCACCAGAGUGAAAGAGCUAACCAUUGAUCCAAGUGCUGCAGGGGAUAUCCGUCCCAUUAUACACCAUGCUCCCAGUCAGAUUGAUGACUUGGAUACUCAGUGGGGAGUGGGCAGCUCUCCUCAGAGAGAUGAUCUUAAACUGCUUUGUGAACAAAAUGAAGAGGAAGUUUCUCCACAGUUGUUUACUUUCCAUGAAGCUGUGUCACAAAUGGUGGAAAUGGAAGAGCAAGUAGUAGAAGACCACAGGACUGUCUUCCAGGAAUCUAUUAGAUGGCUGGAAGAUGAAAAAGCACUUCUUGAGAUGACUGAAGAAGUAGACUAUGAUGUGGAUUCUUACGCUACCCAACUUGAAGCAAUUCUGGAUCAAAAGAUUGAUAUUCUGACUGAACUUAGAGAUAAAGUGAAAUCUUUCCGAGCAGCUCUUCAAGAGGAGGAACAGGCCAGUAAACAGAUCAACCCAAAAAGACCACGUGCCGUUUGAAAGGGGCCUUUGCUGCUAAAGGAACCCAUGAACCCGUACUGCUGUAGCACACAUUUGUUACGAAACCCAGUGGCCCUAAGAACUCAACUACUUGAAAGUGUAAAAACGUUAGAAAUGUCUGUGGAAAUGUCCUGUUUCUUAUUCGCCUGAGUGACAUUUUCGAUUUUGUGUGAAAUGCUCCUAUGAUGUCUACAAAAUGCUUCUAGACCAGACAGCACAACCAUGCAGGGUUUAGAUCUGUGAAGCACUUUGUUUUAAAAUAUUUCAUUUAUUCAAAUUGUGAAUUUUAUGUUUGGAAAUAUUUGCCAUGUUUUUAACAAUGAAGUAAAACUGUGGCUAUUAAAAAAAAUCACAGUAUUUCCAUAUUACUAUGUUCAGGUUUGUUACAGAGAUCAGCUGUGCAGUUUUAAAUUGUGUUUGCUUGCAUGCUCACCUCACUAGUGGUUGUACAUAACUUCUCUUCUACAGAUAGCUGUGCUUACCAUUUCCUGUUCUGUGCCUUGAUGAAGGCUACUUAACCCUAAACAUCCUCCUUCUGAAGCACAGCUUUAAGCAACAUUCCUAAUUUUGUCAAUAUAAAUUACUUUUAGCGUAUGUACAUUUUUAAUGUCUUUUGAAACUUUUUUUUUGGUGAGUAGUUCAUUCAUUUCACAGAAUGUGCCAUAUCAUUUAAACAGGAACUGCAAGAGCUGUUAGAGUGGAUGAACAGCUGGACAUUCCAUCCUCCUUGUAAAAAUAUGGAUUCUAGAUUUAUUUGAAAACCAUGAAGAAUGGUUAUAUAACACUUUUCUCAGUUAAAAAAAAGAAAAAAAAAAAAGAAAAAAAAAAACAAAAACAAAAAAUAUAAAUUAGUUGAUGUAUAAUAAAGGGUAAUGUCUAAGUACCGAGGAGAGUUGUAUCUUAGGAUAAUGCAGAUAUGCAGCAUGUGGUAUGGUGUGAUAAUGCUGUCAGAAUAAAGGUACAAUCUUACCUCUGUGUAUGGCUAGGAUAACUGUCAAAGUUUGGGGAUCUAGCUAAAUAAAUACAUUUUGGGGAUCUAGCUAAAUAUACUGGCCUUUCACAUACUGUUAAAUUGGCUUUUGAUGCAUGACAGAUUUACAUGUACAUUAACUGUAGUUUGCAGGUAGUUUGAGUAGCUCUGUUGCUUUAAAAAUAGUAGCUAAUACCUAUUUUUCCCUUUGUAUGCAGUGCCAGCAGCUGAAAAGUGGUGUGAAAUUGCAUCAUUUAAGGAUUUGCACAAUACCUCUACCUAGUGCUAACAGGAAUUCCUCAAGUAACUAAAUUCUCACAAAUGGCGCCAUGUGUAUCAGCACUUCUUGGUUGGUGGCACUCAAGUUACUUUUGUGUAUCCAAAAGAGAUUGACCUUUCAUGUAAGAACUUCUCAUCAAAUGAAGAGUUAUAGACCUCUCUGGGAGUUCUCCCUAUGUCCAGGAGUUUCUAUCAGCAGACUUUCCCUGGGAACUGCUGAAACGUUACUUUUGGAAUACAAGCCUGUUUGCUUGUGUAAGGCCUAGAGGGAAAUAAAGGGAAGGCAAUGAAAAGAGAGUUAAAUGAGCCAGGAAUUCUUGUAGUGUUUAAUGUUUGUAUCUCCCAUAGGAAGGUAGGCUAUGGGAAGCUCUUGUCGCAUCAUGGUUAAAAGAAUCAAAAAAACCUCUUGUGUGUAAACAUGAAAACUGAAAAAAACAAUGUAGAUUUUACAUAAUGUGUUUAAUAAAUUAAGCUAUUACAUGAACUACAAAUGAGAAUUCUAUCAAAGUUCUGUUUUGGGAGGGUGGUACUUUGUCAAUAUGUGAGUUGCUGUACUUUUGAAAAGGCCUCUUGAUAUUUUUGAGUGGAUUUUAAAUUCUAGAAAGUAACAUUCUGUGCAAAUUUGUAACAUGGGAAGAAAGUCCUCAGAGCACUCAAUAGCAAUUUGCAUCCUGCAGAGACCUUAAAGAGACAUCACACAUUUUUUGAGAAUUUAGUUGAGAACAUCAUUCAUCACAGUCAAAAGAAUAGUGGAAAAAAGAUAAGGCAGGUAGCUUUUGUUAAUGGGUGGCAGUACAGGUUACUGCAGGUAUGUCCAAUCUCUGGCCCAGCUCCUGCCCAGUGCUAUUGUGGCAGCAGCUCUGCCCUGCCAAGUGGUCCCACCUCCCACAGCAACCAGUGUUGUGCAGUCAGCACUGUCUGGGCUGAAACCAGGGCGUGCGGUGCAGUGCAGCACCAACUAAAGUCUGUGCACAACAGCAAGUAAUGUGCAUUUUGGUACACUGGCUGAAUGCAAUACUGUCAACAGCAAAAAAAAAAAAAAAAAA